AUGACUCUCCCAGAUCAGAGUAAUUUAGUAAGAUGGGGUAAAAGUACCGAAAAAACUUGCUAUAUCUGUGGAAAGGCAGUUGGAACUGCUAAGCAUCUGCUGGUGGGAUGUAAGGUACUCCUUGACAGCGGUCAAUACUCGCGUCGUCACGAUAGGGUUCUAGAAGUCAUACGUGAAGCGGUUAGUCUUUCGGUAGCAAGAGCGCAAAAGGGAAUAACCACAAACGAACGAUCAGUAGGUUUUGUGAAAGAAGGCACUAGGGCUACAAAAUCAAACGUCAAGCCUUACUCCAUCCUUAAAGCGGCGUCGGAUUGGACUAUAAUGAUGGACACGUAUGAAAAACAAUAUAAAAUCCCCGAGGAUAUUUGUGCGUCGGCCUCCAGACCGGAUAUAUUUUUGUUUUCGCGAAUUUUAAAGCGCGUAGUGAUGAUAGAGCUUACGGUCCCUUGGGAAACCAACAUCCCCAAAGACCAUACCAUCAAGGUCAACAAAUAUUACGAGCUCACAAACGAACUCACUCGAAAUAGGUUCGUAGUAGAUUUGUACGCGGUAGAGGUGGGAGCGAGAGGUAUAACAGCGAAAUCUCUCUACAACCUACUAAAGGACUUGGGCUUGUCCAGAACUCACAUUAAUGCAUUCUUGGAACGUACAUCGAAGGCAGCCCUAGUAGGUUCUUUUCAAAUUUGGUUAGGUAGGGAGAGGAGCUUGGACAGUGGAGGUGAGCGUAUAACGCGCGUUAGUUAA